AUGGACAAGCUGCAGGAGACACUGCUGGGCCUUGAGGAGGGCCUGUCCUGCUCCAGCCCGGCCUUUCUCUCCUCUUGGGACUGGAAGGACACACCGGGCCCCUUCGACCUCGGCCGGACUGGCUCCCCUCAGAGCCUGUCUCCCACUCCGUCCUUUGCCUCCUCUUCCUCUCCUGCCCACCCAGGAGUGGCUGACCUGGCCUGUGGCCGCAGCACUGGCAAUGGUGGCAGCGGCAGUGGUGGCAACCUGGUGACCUGUGGCAUGCUGGCCUUUCCUUCUACCUACCUGCAGAGUCCCGGCCCCAGCAAGGCCCCGAAGGGCACCAAAGUCAGGAUGUCGGCCCAGAGGAGGCGGAAGGCCAGCGAGCGGGAGAAGCUUCGGAUGAGGGCUCUGGCUGAUGCCCUCCACACCCUGCGCAAUUACCUGCCCCCGGUCUACAGCCAGCGGGGUCAGCCUCUCACCAAGAUCCAGACUCUGAAAUACACCAUCAAAUACAUCGGGGAGCUCACAGACCUUCUGAACGGGGCCCAGCGGUCCUAA